UACUGUUCGUCUCUGCAGUGUACUCGUACUGGUACUCGUAUUCUUGCGAACCACCUGGCCCACAGCGCUCAACAGAUUACGAACUACGCACCUGUAACCGCCCUCUUGUCGUACUCUUCGUGUCAGCUCCGUGUCAUCGUCUUGGACGUCAGCGCCAUCUGGCCCACAGAAUUUGUGUUUGCCUGCGUGAUGAGAGUUGUACGUCCCCUCGCCUCGUCUCGCCUCCCCUUCCCUCCCACUCUACAGAAUACUGCCUGUGUCUGACUGCUCCAGGUCUUGCUUGGUCUCUCGACCCCGGUCUUGUCCACGAGCUCACGUCUCUCGGUCUCAGUCUCUGCGUACAGCGGACGAUCAUCAGUCCUGCUCCUCGAGUACAAGCUCAGAGAUUUAGGCACACGCAAGGCCAGAGAGAGAGAGAGAGAGAGAGAGAGAGAGAGCGAGAGCGAGUGAGUGAGUGUGUGAAGUACGUAGCUGUCUGGUGUCUGAGGCGCACGAGUGACAAUCAGUUGGAGCAACCAUAUCUGAGCUGGUCGGUCGGUCGUCUGCUGCUGCUGGUUGCUUGAGUGACGGACGGACGAGAAGGAGAGGAUCUACUGAAAUGGCGGCCAACGAUUUGGAAGGCCACUCGAGCUCUGAUCCAAUACCCAAAGUAGGAGUGGCAGUGCUCAUAUGCCGGGACCUCAAUGUUCUGUGCGGCAGGCGGAAGUCCAAAGUGGGCUACGACAGUUGGGCGCUUCCCGGCGGUCAUCUGGAGUUCGGGGAGACGUUUGAGGAAUGCGCGUGUCGGGAGGUGGAGGAGGAAACGGGACUUCUGAUUCAGAAUGUGCGGCUGGGUACCGUGACCAACAGCGUUCUGCUGGACGAUCUGCGCCCGGCGCACUACGUGACGGUCUACGUGAAGGCCGAGCUCGUGGACCCCAGGGCUCAACCUCGAACGUUGGAGCCCGACAGAUGCGACGGCUGGCACUGGAUCGAAUGGCCCAAUGUCCCUGACCCGAUAUUCAAGCCUCUCGAGGAGCUCAUCGCCAUGAAAUACGAUCCGUUCGUGUGAUUUCUCUGCAACCUCUAGAUUACAAAUGCUUCGUUCCUUGCUUUGAUUCCGUCCGGCUUCGCUGCCUGCUGAACGAUUGUUCUGCUUCAGCGAGACACAGCCGAACGCUAGAACUUUGUAGCAUGUAAAUCGCGUCGUCGGUUCAACAGGUUGAAGUCGGUGGGUUUCAGCAGUUUAGUCACCAUAAACGCGUGUCUGUCAGUUACGCUCGACUCGACACAGCUUUUCAGGGUUGGGUCGUAUUGUGUCCCAGGACCCUGCCCAUGUAUAUCUUCUUGGCAUUCCUUUGAAAUAAUAUUUUGACCCUUUCCAC